AUGGGUAGAAUGCGGAGGCCGCUGUUCUUCGCAAUACUGGUUUCAUUAAUCACAAUAUCAAACUCAAAGUCCAGCUAUCAAUACGAUGGAUCCCUAUUCUCGAGCAAAGAAUUGGAUUAUGAUGAAUCGGAUACGAAAGCAAUGGGAUCGGUUUUCUCGAGAUAUAUGGCUGAUUCGGAUGCUCAGUUGAUUUUGGAUUUGGACGUUUUUAGACACUUUUUCAAUUACGCCGAAGCUUAUAGAGAUGGAGCAGAGGAGGGAAAUCUGGAAUUGAUGAAAUAUGCAGUGGAGAUGGUGGAGAAGUUGAGAGAAUUUGAUAUUUCUAUGGCAUGCGUCGGGGACAUGAUGCAUUUGGCAUGGACCGGUGUCGAGUAUGCAACACACGUUGAGGAGCACAAAAAUUGCUCGGACUGCAAAUGCACACCGCUAUUUCAGCAGAAGAAAUCCGAGAGACAUUGGAUUUUCAAUGUGUUCGAUGCAAUGGGAAAAGUGCCAGCUGGUAUUAUGAGUGGAAAUAAUCUAUGGGUCGGAUCAUGGAGCACUUGUAGGAAGAUUGAUGUCGUCAAGAAUGCUCAGGGCCAAAAAUGGAAGGGACAAUACUGUCUGGCUACAAUUGACGCCUAUGAACGGGAUAAUCCAUUGGUUUAUUUUGGAAACAUGAUGUCUGGAGCACCAGAUCGUCAUUGUUAUGAGAAAAACGAGAAAAGUGUGGUAGACGAUGAUUCCUGCUUUGCUCUGUUCCCAGUUCUUAAAUUUGGUGUAUGUAUGCCGAACACUUGCACAAAUCAUGAUGUGAAACGGAUGUUGACUUUUGCGAUUCGAGCUACUGAGGCGGCAGCUGGAACCAAGUCAGUUUGCAAUGUGGAUGUUGAAUGUCGUGCUGAAAACUAUUCAGAUGCAAUGAGUGAGAAUGGAUUGGCCAUGUUUGCUUUAUAUUUCCUGAUUGCUACUGUGGUCCUUGUCGCAUUUGGAACAUUUUUAGACCUCCUAAUUGUUUCGAAAUAUCCAGAAGAAGCCGAACAGAGCAAAGCUUUCAAGCAUUGGUUCAUCCAAUUCAUUCUGGCCUUCUCGGCAUAUACCAAUGGAUUGGAGAUCCUUACUUCGAAAAGAAACGAGAAAGAGAUCAAUUCACUUCAUGGAGUCAGAUUUUUGAGCAUGUGUUGGAUCAUUUUGGGACACACCUAUUAUUAUAUUGGAACUUCGUUGACUACUGAUAAUUUGGUGCCAACGCUUAUCAAUUUCCCACAACAAUGGCACACUCAAAUCAUCGUUCAGGCGCCGUUGGCCGUGGAUUCGUUCUUCUUUUUGAGUGGAAUGUUGGCUGCCUUCUCAUUCUUCAAGAAAACAAUGAAAGCCGACCCGAACCAUCCACCAAGACUAAGUGCUCUCAACUGGCAAACGUGGCCAUUAUACUUCAUCAAAAGAUACAUCCGAAUCACUCCAACAUAUGUGGUUGUGAUGCUUUUCGAUGUUACCCUAUUCACAUACAUCUCAAAUGGUCCAUUCUGGAGACCAAUUGAAAGACAGGGAUGUCGAAUUGCUUGGUGGACGAAUUUCAUCUAUCUCAACAACUUUUUGUUGCAAGAGGAGGAAUGUUGCAUGGGUUGGACUUGGUACCUGGCUAAUGACAUGCAAUUCCAUUUGGUUUUAAUGCCCCUCAUCGUGAUUGUCUUCUUAAAAUUCGGAAUGAAAAUUGGGCUCUGGUUGUCGACUGGACUAAUUGGCGCUUCGUCGAUAAUUAGACUAAUUAUUACUCAAGUCAAAGGAUACCCACCAGCUCCACUGCUAACUGCGAAGCUUCAGAUCGUUCACAUUCUAAACGACUACUGGAACGAUGUCUACGUACGACCAUACAUCAGAUGCACACCGUUCAUCAUUGGCGUCGUUGUCGGAUAUCUUCUGAAUGCGUGGACUACCAAAGAUCAAAAGGAUUUGAAAAUCAAGCUUACUCCGAAAACUGUUCUAAUUGGAUGGUGCACAUCAACAGUUUUAGGACUUUAUGCGGUCUUUGGAUUGUAUAAUUUCGCUAAAACUGGAGAUAUCUCCAAACCCUGGGAGAUUCUUUACACUAUUUUUGGAACUCCUGCAUAUUCUUUAGCCCUUGGAUGGGUGGUUUUCGCAUGUACUACUGGAAAUGGUGGUCCGGUUGACACCAUUCUCUCCUGGAGAUUCUUCGUUCCAUUAUCGAAAACUACGUUCUGCGCAUAUUUACUUCAUCCAAUUAUGCUUCAGAUUUACAAUUUGAGCAGACCCCAGCCAUUCCAUUUUACCACUUUUAUUCAGAUGGUCCGCUACACAGUUGAAGCAGUUGUAGCCUCGUAUUGCGUCGCACUACUCUUCUCGCUUGCAUUCGAAAAACCAUUCAACAAAAUCGACGAGAUGCUAUUCGACAGCAAGAAAGUGAUGAAUGGGGAGAGGAAACAGAAGAACGGUGGCUCGACGGAAAUGGUUCCAUUGAAUAGACAGAAUCGGGAUAGCGAAUAA